AACUAACCCAGCUGAAAGUGGUUUUCAAAUAGGGCGCAAUAAACCCAACCCACAUAAGUUGCUUCAUCUGUGUCGAGACAUCUCACGUGGACCAUCAUUCCCACCAUGGAGGAGGUCCCGCUCGUGUCCAUCAACGACAUCGUGGGCUUUCUCAAUGAGAUUCUGGAGGAUGAGUCGUUCUCGAAAACGGACCUGACCUCGCCCACGGCUGAACGCAUUCAAAUGCUCUACUUCAAGUUGCUACUCGAAUUCGGUUUCACCGAAAAAAUCCUUCAGCCGGUCCUGGAUCAUUUAGGGCCCCAAGGGACGGGGAUUCAACAUUCCGAACUCCUCCAAGACACGGAUCAUUUAGAUGCCCUCAUCGUAGCUUGCCAGUACUUUUUUUCUCGGGCUUAUCCCGGGUCUCGCGUCACGUUCGGAUUGCUCGAUUUGAUCGAGCCCGAGUCCAAGCGAACCCGUCAAUUUGUCUCGGGUAUGAGGAACUUCUACCUUCUUUGCAAUUUGCAACACGUCAACGCCACUAAUGUGAAGGAUGAAGUCCACGCCUCCAAGGAAAAAAUGAUGGCCAUGAAGAACGAGGUGCAGAAUGCUCGGAAACGAAUCGAAAAGCUUCGCAUCAACGACGGUGAAGACGCAUUGAAGGCCAAAGCUUUGGAGAGAGACACUUGGGAACUGGAACGACUCUUGGCCGCCUCAAAUGAAGCCUCGGGUGAGCUAGCCACGGAGCAAGAGAACCUCAAGUCACAACUGUCUGAGAUGAAUCACAUUAUUGAGAUGCUGAAUAAAACCCUCAUGGAUUUGGAUCAAAACAAGUUACUCAUCGUGUCCCGGUUGAAAAGCGAUGAUGUCAAGCAAGAGCUUGGACAAGAAUUGGACAAUCUCAAGGAAAAAUUUGAGCAUCGCACCAUUCAAGAACAGGAAAUGAAACGUAAACUGGCCGAGCAUGAGGAGAAGAAUCGCGAUAUCGCCAACUUAUUCGGACAAGUUGACACAGUAGCGGAAAAAUAUGAUAAGAUCAACGUGUUAAGAGGCGAGCUGAAGGAUCUCCAGAGGAAUUUGGACUCAUCCCAACAAGCGCUAGACGAGGCCAUUUCCUCCGUGCAGACCGUGAUUCAAAAGAUCACAGACGCGCUCCAGCCGCAAAAUAUGAUGAACGUGCGAUGGAAGAAGAAGAAAGAGCACAAAGAGAACGAAUUGCAAGAGCUUAAGAUGGAAUUCGAUAAUUCGACCAAAGAUUUCUCACAAGAAGAGAUGAAACGAGCGGAAUUGACUAAUAAAGUGACCUUGCUUCAAGAAGAAUCUCGGGACGUCGAAGGACAAACUGCUUGGGAAAAGGAAUUCGUGCUCAACGAAUACGCCAAGCUUCUUGAAGCCAUCAAAUCGUACAAGCAGAAGUUUGUAAAGGACAUGAAGGCCUCCAAGAAAAUCCUGGAAUCAUUUUGACUUCGCACAUUGAUACCUCUUUGUAAAUCCUCCCUAUUCAGUACAUUGAAGAACAAUCCAACCGACCUUCGGUUGAGCCACUUCCUUCCAGCUCGCCCUAAACUUUCCGCUUCAAUAAUCAUUGGAUCCUUCAUCUUCUGCCAUUUCAAAAAGUGUCAUCCUCAAUCGAGGUUGCGAGAAUUAACCCAUUCAUCUAUACUCUUCUUUAUGACAAAAAAUUAAUAGGGCUUGUCAAGUGAACGCGUUCAUGCACAACUGACGUUAUUCCAUGGAGUCAAAUCAAAGACAACAUGCCCAACCACACUGCAUUAUGCAUGCAUUGAAUUUUGACAUUUAUUCCAUUUUACUUGCUUGUCGAAGCAAAUAGCAUUGUGGUAUUGAGUCAAUUUUAUAGUGCGUUCACCGAUUAACACCAAACAUGUUCAUAUUGUU